GACGUGAACGCGUGGGUCUUAUUCACAACAGUAUAUAUACAAAUUGUUUGCUAUAUUUGCUUAAGAUCUGAUUUAUUUGAUGAUGAUCGACAUUUUAGAGCAGGAUUCUGUGAUUUUAAAGCAGGAUUCUGUGAAAGUGAUUUCAAGUUCUCCAAACUACAAUUCCUGUUUUAUUUUACUUUUUUUCCGUAAAUUUCAGGUCAGGGCAAGUUGUCAAAUAUGUUUCAAAUAUUAUGAAUUGUUAUUAUUGGUGCCAGUAUUUGAUGGUCAAAACAAUAGUUUGAUAUUUUCUCUGUUUCUAAACGUUUUCAUCGUUUAAUUUUUCUAUUCUGCCAUUAUUAUAAAAGAAUUUGAACAAUUUCAUGCUAUUUCGAAUAUAUAUUUAGCUGUAAAUACAGUCCAAUGUCUCGGUAAACAUGCUUGGUUCUUGUAUUUUUCUUGCAGCUUUUUCCGUGUUUUAAAAUUAUUAAUCGAAAGUUUAAUGACUCGUUUCUCAAAGCGCCAUGAAGAAAAAUCGAAAUGCGCCCUUGUUAAAUUGGACAAGGUCACGGGAUGCCUUCAUUGCAGCUCGAAGUUCGAUGUCUGCGUGUGUUUGUUCUUCGAGAAACACUUGUCAUAACCGAAAAACACCUCUAGUCAUCCUUUACUAGAAGUUGUUUACUCAGUGGCAGGAGCGGCACGCGCCUGGCGUACGCAACGCAAGCGCAUCUCAGGGGGCGUGGUCAGGGGAACGCGCGGCGGGCCGUCGGCGUAUUGAAAAGGCCGCGCUGUUUCCAUCUCCCAACUCAGAACAGGUCGAGAGUCCGGAGCACCCCUGCCCAUUGAAGCCACACGUGAACGCCACGAGCAAGACGCACGGCCACUGGGCAGUCCAAAGAAACCUUUAGUGCUUUUCCUCGCUCUUUUUUUUCCUCAUCCGCGAAAUGGACAUCACUGCCAAGAUGGAAAUAAGCGUAAACCAGCAGCAGUUCAUGCCACCUGCCUGCUUUUUUGCCUCUCAGAGCAUCCAACUCAGUCCGACCGACAGCCAGUGCAGCAACAAGUCCGCAUCGAAGCAGGCGAAGAGGCAGCGCUCAUCCUCUCCGGAGCUGCUCCGGUGCAAAAGGAGGCUCAACUUCGCCGGCUUCGGGUACAGCUUGCCUCAGCAGCAGCCGCACGCGGUGGCCAGGCGGAACGAGAGAGAACGCAACCGGGUAAAGCUGGUGAACAACGGCUUUGCUACUCUCCGCGAACACGUUCCCAACGGAGCGGCGAACAAGAAGAUGAGCAAAGUGGAGACGCUGCGCUCGGCUGUGGAGUACAUCCGCGCGCUCCAGCAGCUUCUGGACGAGCAUGACGCGGUGAGCGCGGCGUUCCAGUCGGGCGUCCUGUCACCCACCAUCUCCCAGAACUACACUAAUGACAUGAACUCUAUGGCCGGUUCGCCAGUUUCCUCUUACUCCUCAGAUGAGGGCUCCUACGACCCUCUGAGUCCAGAAGAACAAGAGCUCCUGGACUUCACCAACUGGUUUUGAACGUUCGUGAAAGGAAUCUCAUAAAAAUCGCAGCACUCGCUUGGGAGGAACUCGGAUGUCCUCCAAGAACACAGAGCACUGCGUUUGCGCUGCAGUCCGGUUCGGAUAGACUCGAAUCCACACCCAGAGAUGGCCCAUGCAAACCGGCAAACCACGGGUCCAGAGUGUCAAAGAGCCAAAGGACUAAAAGGGAAGAGCGGGAGACCAGUCCUUCCAGCGCAUUCGCCCAAGAAAUAUAUUUUAAAAUGACUUUCCACGACACUGUGGCAUAAAAACAACAAUAAGCAAACGUUGUUCUUUACCUAUGCUAAUGUAAUCAAAGAAAGUUUGCCCCCUCACAACUCUAAUAUGCUUCCAACUUGGCGAAUUUUAUUAUAUGAAGUUCUAUUUGUAUAAAAUGUUGUUGUUUUUAAAUAUAUUAAGCUAUUUUUGUAUGUAAGAGAUUUAUAGAUGUUUUUGUACACAUUCAUUUUAAUAUGUAUAUAUUUUUGAUCUAUAGCCUGCCGUAAAUUGCUCAUUACCUCUCGCUUAUUCAGACUUAUAGUCUCAAAUGCAUCGCAGCUGGCAAUUCCCUUUACGGUUGUGGAGGUUUUAGAGGAGUUUAAUACUCAAGAGUUUAAAUUUCAACACCAACGUGUCUUAUUUAAUAGGAAUAAUAAUUGCAAUUGUAAUAUGACUCGAAGUGAUCAAAGGUUAUUAUGCAGCUAUUGUCCAAACGGAGGUGUUUUGUGUCUCCACACUGUUCCACUUUGCCUUUACAAUGCUGGGGUUUGCAGCUUUCAGAAUAUGCCUUAUCUCCAUAUUUUCUACAGUUUAGUCUCAUAAUAAAAGUUUCUAAAAGAAA